UAGAAACUGGGCUGCACAGCAGGAGGUGAGUGGCGGGCGGGCAGGCAAGCUAGCAAGCCAGCAAGCAAAGCUUCAUCUGUAUUUGCAGCUGCUCCCUAGCACUAGCAUCACCACCUCAGCUCCACCUCAGAUCAUCGGGCAUUAGAUUGUCAUAGGAGCACCAGUCCCUGGUGCCAAAAAGGUUGGGGACCACUGCCUUAACAUAAUAGGUACAUGCUCAAAAAAAUGUUAAAUGUUAAAAAUGUGAGCUUUGUCUGAAUUCAGGAAAACCCUUUAUGUAAUGGCAAUUUGAAGGUAGGAUGGUGAAAAAUCUUAAUUUUCUACUGGCAUACAUUUUGAGUUAGCAGACAUCCUCCCAGCCCUUUCAUUUUCAAAGGGGAAAAAAAUCAAGUUCUUAACCAGUGUGUCUCCCAUAGAUUAAGAAAAAACAAAAAACAUGCCUAGAACCAGAAAAACCUUUAGAAAUUUUUAAAGACUGGCCUUUGGAAAUGUUUUUUUCCUCCCAGCCUGGUAGAUUCCUCUGAGGUGGUACAUAAGUAGCUCAGGGCCCUGAGAGAGUGACAAACUUGUAUCAGAAAACAGUUUUUAGGGCUAAGACGAGACCGUCUCCAUAAUUAAGAAUAGUGACAGCUGAAGUUCCUUAAAAGGAACAGCAAAAACGUUCUCAAACUGUAAGAAUCCCCAGAGGGUUUGUUUAAGCACAGAUUGCAGGGCCUUAUCUUCAUUUCUGAUUUUAUAGGUCUGACAUGAGGCCCAAGAAUUUGCAUUUCUCCCAUAUUCUCAGAUGAUGCUGAAGGUAUUAGUCCUGGGAUCAUACUUUGAGAACCACUGGUGUAAAGUAUAUGAGAUUCAAUCUCAAAUAUUUCAUAAAAUGUGGACUUUCUGAGCUUUUAACCACAAAUCACGAAGUGCCAGCAGCUUCUACGAUCUCAAGAGAUGUAGAUUGUCUUUAGCAGUUAUCAACAUACCCUAGGUCCUAAUGGUAAAUGGGGAUACUCCAUUUAGGACAAAUCCAUUUCCUCAUUGUUAAAUAGGUUAAAACCUAUGUUCAGAGGCUUGUGAUGAGGGUUAAUAAAGUUUUAGUACACAUAGCACUUGCCAUAUUCAAUAUUUGUUACCAUCCUCUAUUGUUCUUUACUGCAUUCUAGUGCUCUAUAACAUCUAUUGGAAACUGUUCAUGGGAGCUAGAGUAAGUUAAAGUCAAUAAUAAGACAAAGAGAUGUGAAUUUGAAUGGUGAUACCCUCACCAAAACCAUGCUAAGGAAAUUCCAUGUUCUGAUUCCACUCUUUUAGGACUGUCAAUGGCAGGAUACCAGCUCUGGUCACCAUGGACCCCACUGGACGAGAGCUUCCAAUGGCUACGGCACACAACACCUACACCUUCUUCCAAGCACCCCUUUAGGGCUUCCCCCUGCUUCCCACAUACCCCUUCUGACCUUGAAGUGCAGCUGUGCUUUCAAGAGGUCACUCUAGUUCUAGACAGCCCAUUCUUGGAAACUGGGAUGAGUCCCAAGUUACCCUGCCACACAUCAGAGCUCCGAACCAUGAACAACAAGAAAGGACUGGUCAGGAAGCCCCAGCCUGUCCGCCUCAGUGGAGUGGAUUCCGUCUUUGGCAGGGUCAUCACAGCUCAGCCACCAAAGUGGACUGGGACCUUCAGAGUUUCAGACAAGUCAGCCUUUUGCAAAAUCAUCAGCCGGGAGCACCAGUGGCCCACUGGACUUAAGGAACCUCAGAUUCAGAUGACAGUGACCAUGUGCAAGCAGAUGCUGCGCUCUAUCCUCUUGCUGUAUGCAACAUACAAAAAGUGUACCUUUGCCUUGCAACACUCCAAGUAAAGGGUCCCCGUCUGUUUCCUAUUCCUCAUACCAUGCCCUUUGCUAUGUGCCUGAAGCUUACAGAAAACUGUUGUAAAGGAAAUUUGCUUUUCUGUCAAGCAGUGACAAUUCAGGAGCCCCUUUCCUUCCUUCCCUUCCAAAAAGGGGCCAGUGAUAGAGCAAGGGAGAACAUUUCCAUUGUACAAUUGGACAACCACUUAAGAGAGUCAAACUAGCACUGACAUGUACAUGUGACAAAGAACCAUUAAACAACCCAUAUAAACCAAUGGGCCUAGUGUGAACUCAAACAUCUAAGAUCACAAUGAAUUGGGGAAACAAAGGCAUGUCAAAGGAGAUAUGGAUUUCUAUAUACAAGAGGUUGAAGGGAUCUAACAUGUAUGUGUGGGUCAAGGAUUAAUUUUAAAAACAAAAAACAACCUCCCCCACCAAAAAAAAAAAAAGACAAGAACCUAACCAGCCACACCCUAAUAUUUACACUAGAGAAUACAAAAGUGGCAGAAAUAUUAACAACUAUUAAACAAUAUAUAUAACUUGGCAAGAAAGAACUUGGUAGUAGCACUGAAACUGGGCUUUCUGGCAGAUGUGAGAGCUCCACAUUUAGCUGAAGUGUACUAAUGUUCUAUUUCUAAUAAAUUAUAAGUAAUUUUGUAGCAUUGUUGUAAUUAGGUUACAGGUAUAACUCAGAAAAAGUGGAAAUAAAAUAUAUAUACAAAGUCAAUAUGAUUUUGAUGGUGCCUCUUCCCACUUUGUCUUAUGUCUACAUGAUGACCAAAAAAAUUUUAAAAGCAGCCAAAAUGUUCCUCUUGACUUUCUUUGGGCAUUGAAAAGAAAUUUCAUCACUACAAAAAGAUCACAAAGAUCUUCUCAUCCCAAAGAAAGAUGGUCCUUAGAA